UGUGGCGAACAACAACUAAUAUUGCUAAUAAUGAGACGAGCUGCUCGUCGUCUUUGUCAUCAACAAAUGAUGGAAUAGAAGAAAGAAACUUCAGUAUACGAACCAAAACAUUAUUUACCCAAUUAGUUCGUUUUCUGUCUUUUGGACUUCCCAAUCCACUAACCUUCAAGGCUGGUGUUGGGGCGCCCCUUAAAUUCUCAAAUCUUUUUAUAAAAAUUUCGUCAAUUUGAUCGUUGAUCGAACUUUUUUUUUUUGAGGUUUAAGGGGAUCCCGAUCCUGUCCUUCUUUUUGUUAUCUUUCCUUUUCAAGUUUCUCAGGAUUAUUGCUUUUUUUGUUAAUUUUUGCCCGGGAAAAAGUUCGAGAGAUGUGGGGAGGCGUAGGAGAGCCAGCAGAUUCUUACUACCAGGUUCGUCCUGAGUGCACCGAUGUCCCCAAGACCAGAUUCAAAAUCAAGCCUGGUAAAACUCUUAGUGUAAGAAAAUGGCAGGCUGCGUUUCUCCAAGAAGGCUCUCUCGAUAUUGGCAAGACUCUUAGACGAAUCAGAAGAGGGGGGAUCCAUCCAUCAAUUAGAGGUGAAGUAUGGGAAUUCCUACUUGGCUGUUAUAAUCCAUUGAGCACAUUCGAAGAAAGAGAGCAGACCCGACAACGCAGAAGAUUGCAGUAUGCUUCUUGGAAGGAGCUCACCAGUCGUGGACCUCUUGAUAAGAAAAUUAUUCAAUGGCUACUAACACUUCACCAGAUAGGUCUUGAUGUGAACCGUACAGACAGGACCUUGGUGUUUUAUGAGAAAAAGGAGAAUUUGUCAAAGCUCUGGGAUAUUCUGUCUGUUUACGCCUGGAUAGACAAUGACGUUGGGUAUUGUCAAGGAAUGAGUGAUCUUUGUUCCCCAAUGAUUAUUCUUCUUGAAGACGAAGCUGAUGCCUUUUGGUGUUUUGAGAGGCUUAUGCGUCGAUUGCGAGGAAAUUUCCGUAGUACUGGGAGAUCUGUUGGAGUUGAAGCUCAACUUACUCAUUUGUCUUCAAUUACUCAGGUUGUUGACCCCAAACUUCACCAACAUCUAGAUAAACUUGGCGGAGGUGACUAUCUUUUUGCAAUUCGGAUGCUAAUGGUUCAAUUCCGAAGAGAAUUCUCAUUUUGCGACUCUUUGUACCUUUGGGAGAUGAUGUGGGCGCUCGAGUACGACCCCGAUCUUUUUGAUGUAUAUGAAGCGCAUCAAUGCGGGAGUGAGAGAGCCGAAGGGUUAAAAGGUAAAACGAAGUCAAUUAAGCAAUGUGGAAAGUAUGAGAGACAAAACAUGAGGAAUGGAGGAAAAACUGCAGAAGGUCCUUUGCCGAUAUCUGUAUUCCUAGUGGCCAGUGUCUUGAAAGACAAGAGUUAUAAGCUAAUGACAGAAGCUCGUGGACUCGAUGAUGUUGUUAAGAUACUUAACGACAUGACUGGGAACUUGGAUGCCAAGAAAACAUGUUCUGGAGCCAUAAAAAUUCACAAGAAAUAUCUAAGAAAGGCUAAGAAAUAGCAUUGGCGAACAUUCAUGAUUCUGCGGGUAUAGACCUGCAGAAUCAUGUGAAGCUUUUUCGUUUAUUUGAUACAAAAAGAUAUGGCGGGAUAUCGACUGUCAGAUUUUGACGAUCUUCUUGUAUGUAAGCUGGAAGAAUCUUGGAGCUUUGAUUUACUCUUAACACACACACAACACAUACAAAAAAAUAUAUAUAUAAUAAUUUGUAAGCUGUUCAUAAAAGUAAAUGUUGCAUCCCUCAAAUGUAUGCAAAUUUUCUUUCUUUUUUUUUGUAUUUUUACCAAAAGGGGGAAAGAAAACGAAAGAGACUGUUCCUAUGUAUACAAUGCUCAUGUCUUGUUAUAUGCAAAGACAAAAUAUCUGAAAUUUGGUGCA